AUGGAAUAUCUAUUGAAAUUUCUCAUUUCACAAGGUGCAGAUAUUAACGCAAGAGAUAAUUUUGGAAAAACUCUUCUUCAUUAUGCAGUAGAUCAUGAUAAUCAAGAAAUGAUGAAAUUUUUAAUUUUACAUAAUGCAGAUGUCAAUAUAAAAGACAACGAUGGAGUGGCACCUAUUCAUUAUGCAGAUAACAAAGAAACAAUAGAAUAUCUUAUUUUGCAUGGUGCAGAUAUUAUUUCUGUGAAUAAUGGGAUGCCCACUCUUCAUUGUGCAGCAAAAAAUGGUAAAAAAGGAUUUAUAGAAUAUCUCAUCCUGCAUGGUGCAAAUGUUAAUGUAAAAGACGAAAAUGGAAAAACUCCACUUCAUUUUGCAGCAGAAUUUGAUCGUUUAGAAACAGCGAAGUUUCUAAUUUCUUAUGGUGCAGAUAUAAAUGCAAAAGAUAAAUUUGGAAGAUCAGCUUUGCACUAUGCAGCAACUCUCUGUAUUAAUGGUUUAGCAUAUUAUCUUAUUUUGCUUGGUGCAAAUAUUAAUGAAAAAGACGAAAAUGGAAAACCUCCACUUCAUUUUGCAGCAGAGUGUGAUCGUAGGGAAGAAGUAGAGCUUCUAUUUUCUUAUGGUGCAGAAAUAAAUGCAAAAGAUAAAGAAGCAAAAACUCCUCUUGAUUAUGCACUCCAAAGAAAAGGACAUAAUGUCAUCAACUACCUUGAAUAA